GGUUAAAACAUUUUACUGGUAACAAGGAGACAAAUCGAUAAUGUCAAUUUUCUGUGAUAGACACAUUGUUACCGCUACAUAGCGUAGAUCUUUGUGUGCAAUUUGAACUUCAUUGGUGCGUGUAAGUUUAAAUAUUUUGAGGGCGCCAAACGUGAAACUCACUAUUUGAAAGCGGUGUAGUGAGUGAAAGUAGGUGUUUUAAUAACCUUGCUGUAGGUCAGUCAUGGAAACUGGAGCUUUACUAGUUUAUCAGUGCAGAGUUUGCAAAUAUAUAGUAAGUGACAGUAGUUACCUUGUUCCUGGAAAUGAGGAACUCAUCCUCGUCUCACUUUCAGGCACAGCAGAUUGAAUGGCUGCUGCUCAGUAUCCAAAAGAUGGCUCGGUUACUAUUGCAACAAUCAGCACCGGCAACCAGAUGCCACAUCAAAGUUUCACCCUCUCAGUAGUAAUAAAGGUGACUGGUCGUUGGAACCGAAGUGUACCAUCUGUGUUUAAAACUGUUCCCUGGCUCUUGUCCAGAAACUGUGGUCUGUUUGGCUGCUCAGUGAACGCUAUGAUGCUCAGGUGCAUGUCGCUGCACCAAGGUUUAAAUUUUUCUGGCUCAAGAAGCAGCCUCAGCUUACAUUAAAACAGUGCAUUGCUGAACUUAGAAGGGUUACAAGAGGCUUACAAGAUGCAGUCGAGCAAAAUGUCUAACACACAAGUAUUCAUGCCGGUGGUCUCAAUAUGCUGGAUCCGGAUCUGAAAACAUUUCUGUAUAUUGUGAAAUCUCAAACUAUUGUGGACACAACUGAAGAUGUGACAGUAACACUUGGCCCUGAAUUUGAUCUGCCUGACCAGCCCUUUAGCAAGAUAAAUGUUUUACUGUGUGAUUGUAAGGCUAUACUUGGAGUUUAUUGGAAAAUUCCUCCCCCUGAUAAACCACAGUUUACAAAAAAAUACUUACUAAAUGGAGACAAACUACUCAGGUAUGCUUCUAGAAAGGGAUUUAUCGAAGCGCUAAAACUGGAUGAAGAGAUUAAAAAUCUCAGUGACAAAGUAUCAAAUUUAAACGACCAAGUUAUGUUGUCACUUUGGGACAUUGUGAGAAUAAAAGAGGUAUUGUGUCUUGUUGGAAAUGAUCCUGAACUGAUGAACUUGCUCAAGUUAGAUACCCCUUGGACAAAUACAUCCUGUGAUGUGGACGAUUUAUAAGAAUUGUUUGUAGACGUACCGUGUUUUAUGUGACUGAUGAUUUUACCUGUAUAAUUUGUUUUAUUUUAAAUUAUAUUUACUGAAAUGUGUGCUUUA